AUGCCAAGUCAGGAGCAGUCACCAAUGGCGUCGGUGCUAAAGCCACAGCUCUCUGCUGAUUGUCGGCGGGCGAAGAAGCGUCAGAUGGAUCGAAUGAACCAGCAAAGAAAGCGCAAGAGAGACCGAGAGCAUCUACAGCGAUUGCAGGAGAAUGUCCAAUUGCUUCAACAAGACAAGGCAAGCAGCCUGGUCUCGAGCCUCAUGACGCAGCGGGACCUCAACGAGGAGAGAAUGCUGCGACACAGGAAAAGACUGCUUCAAAUCAAGGGCUUGAUCGAGGCCGACUUGGCUGAUCUAGGCCAGCCUGAAGAUGUUCCAAGUGACAAGAGCGAUGCGGACGCUCUUGGUUCCUCGCCAAACCCCGCGACUUUCUCAGCGGUCGAUCCGUCGCUGUUGGAGGCAGCAUCCUCGGAGCCUGGGCCAGAUUCCACCUGUUUCCUCUCAGCAGAAAAGAACGACGCUCUGGACGCAUUCCUCGCAGAGCUCUCAGCCCCUAAUGUAGAAGGUGAUGCUGUGACCUGGCCUCCCCCGAUGCUAGGUGCCAUGGCAGGCGCCGUCGAGAGCAGCCCUCUGCCCUCCUCACAAUCAGCCCUUGAUGGCCGUCACAGCAAGAUCUGGAGAUACAUUGAACAGCUGAUUUCCCACACAAAGUCAGCUUCGACCCUAGGCGACACUGAGCUCGACAUGCAUAUUAUCAUCACCGCAGUCUCGCAGGGUUGGACACAAUUCUCUCAAGCGGUCAUGGUGGACGCGCGAUGGAGCUGUCUGCGCGAAUUGGACGAGAAGUACUUUGCACCAAACUACAACAAUAUUGAACGCUUGGCAAUUUUGACGAUAGCAAGUCAAACGAUCAAACAGGAUGUGAGUAGCCCUCAUUUGAAGGGUCGUGCUGGCAUUACUUACAAGCCUAGAUGA